AUGUUAUUUUUCGCAAUUAUUAUUCCAUCAGCAUUUUCGCUGAUUUGGUUGACACCUUAUACAACAUAUGGUUUUGAUGCUCCAGUUUUGAUGUGGAUCUACAACAGUCCUGAAUUUAUGCCUUCUUGUGAUCGAAUUACAACUUUGGUUACCAGUGUGCUUGCUACUUUUUGUUAUUUACUUGUAUUGCUACAUGUUUUGAAAAAAAGCAGAUCGAAGGGCAGCGAAAUUCAUGGUACCUCGAGACAACGGGAUACACUGCUAACAUUACAGGUUGUAAAUAACAGUGGAUAUACUGUUUGUGUCUCCAUUUAUUUUAUCACUGAUUUAAGAUGCAUACGCGCAAAAUUUAUUGAAAAUACUCGAAAUCAAAAAAUUUUAUCACUGAUACUGGAUAUGACAUUUUGUUCACAACACAGAACUUCUGUAACUGUUAUGGCAAUCGCCAGUUGCGUUCCGCCGAAACCGGUCAUACCACUUAAGAAUGGAUAUGCAGCUAAUAAACGAUACACUGGCGCACAUUUGAAACAAACUUUUGGUGCUAAAUCUUAA